AUGACACCGCCAAGGUCUCGAAAGCUUCCAGUGAGGCAAUUCUCCAGACAAUCAAUCCAGCAGCCUGUCCAGACUGGUUUAAAGAGGACAAGAUCAGGACAGUCGCUGUCUCCUCCCGACGAUCAAUGUGAAAAGCCUAAACUCUACGAGGCUACAACCCCAUCAAGAAGCGAGGGUACUGCAAGUAAUGACAACAAUGAAGUCACCAGCACCAACGAACAGCCAGAAUCUCGGGAGAAUAGCCUAUCUCACAGUCAAUUAUCUCUUGCGCAGAAAAUCGAUCUACAGCAACUUUUGAGAGAGAGAUUUAGUUGUUGGAGUAAUGGGGUAAAUUACACUGCGCCACCAAAGGACAGAUUGCCGCCGCGAAAGCGUUUCAGAACAUCACAAUGGCAGUCGGGUCUUCCAAGAGCCGACGCAGAGAAUGACAGCGAGGAGGAAUUCGUUGUAAUUUCUCACCCAAUACGCAGAGAGGGUUUCUUUCAUCUCGCUUGUCCAUUUUACAUCCACGCACGUCACAAACAUGAGAAAUGUCUUGUCCAACACGAUCUAUCCUCUAUUGAAGCAUUGAUCAAGCAUCUUCUACGGCAACACGAUAAGCCUCUGUAUUGUCGUACAUGCUGGAAGACCUUUGAAACAUUGAUUGAGCGAGACAGCCACGUCUUGGAGAACGCAUGCAAACGAAUUGAUCAAGAGGCAUCUAUAGGGCUGACUGAAAGCCAAAAAGUAAGAUUGAUCAAGAGGGAUCGGUAUGAUUUAGGAGAAGAAAGUCGUUGGCGCCGUCUUUGGUCUACGGUCUUCCCUGGUAGAGAGCAACCUCGAUCUCCAUACCUUUAUCGGGAUGAGGGGCUGAAAGUUUCCAUGAUGAGGGAUUUCUGGAUUGCCGAUGGCCAGAAAGUCGUCUCUGGCUUUCUUGCAGGACUGGCAAGCCAUGCCGAUCGGAACAGCAUAAGGAAUGAUACGAUUUGCCAGCAGGCGUUGCGCGGUCUGAUAGACUGGGCAAUGACAGAGGAUAGCGAUUCAGCGAUUCAAUCUUCGGACAGGUGA